GUGAAGAUUAGUGAGAAAACACUGGAAGUACAAAAAAAUAAAAUAAGUAAAAAAUCAAAUGUGUAUGUUUAAAAAUCUAAAAUAUUAGUGUUAAAAAAUGCAAAAAAAGGUUUAUAUUUUAAAUAAGUUUAUUAUUACUGUAUUUGUUAAUGUCUCUCUUUCAGCAAUGUGACCUUUGUCCAUGUUAUUUUACACAAAUUAGCUGCGACACAAGCCAAAGAUAACCUGAAUGAAACCAAAAAUGUUUUCCAGGUUGGUUGCGUCACAACAGGAGCCAGCAACUGCCAUCAAACGUCUGAAAUUUACAUUUGUCUUCAGCAUAUCUUUGCAGAAUUGUACUGAUUUACAUUUUCAUGUGUGAAUAGCCACUUUAAGGUUAAGACACAGAAUUUUAGUAACAUACAUGUCAAGCAUGUCAAUUUUUUUUCUCAUGUUAAAUUCUUUGAUUAUCUGAGCAAAAUUAUUGAGACGAAAAUAGAAGAAAUCAGUUUUAACCCACAACGAAGAUUCGCAUAAUUGAACAUUUAAUGGUGUCCUGAAUUGUUAACGCAUUCAGAAAACAAUCAAAGCACUGUUUAUUCAUUUAAAGUAUUUAUUACAUUUUAAAUUAAUAGCAUUACAUCAUAGAAAUGUGUUUGAUUAUCGCUUAUUUAUUUAUUUUGUUCUCUCCUGAAAGUUUCAGCUUUUCCCGAAACUUUGAUGUGUGAUACUUAUGUAGUCCGGUAGAGGGCAGCAGUUUCCUGAAUUGUACCAAGAAAGCGGAAUGAAACAACGUUUGCCUCGAGUCGCAGCAGCUUCGCUUGUUGUCCUCAUAAUGAAUUAAAGCCAUUACUGUCGAAGGGAAAUGGGGUAAAAAUAAAUAGAUAAAUAAAAUAAUUUUUUUUUAUAACAGCAGAAAGGUUCAAUAUAAUUACUUCAUGUGCUUUUAUUAAUGUAUUCAUCUUUAAUAUCGCUCGUAACUCAGCGGCUAUUUUCAGCAUGCCAUAUCGAGCUGGAAAGCGUGAGUCUUCAUCGUGACCCCUCCGUCUCCACACCACGUUUCCAAAACAAUACUUCCUUACGUCAUGCCUACGCCGCUGGUGACGAACUAGUCCACUACCCUCCUCCUCUCCUCUCCUACCUCACCUUUCCUCACCGCUCCGCCCCAACUCUCCCAUCAGGACCAGGAGAUGUUCCGCGGUGUCGAAAACCACACAAAGGACGAACUUUGCUCGUUUCGCACUUUCGAGUGCUUUUAAAUAUCCACUUUGGUUGAACUCUAGGGAGAAGGGAGGCGGGAGUUUUUGUCGGUUGAGUGUGUUUUUCUUUGCGCGUGUGUGGAAAAAAACAUCACAGAUAUAAGUCAGCUCUACCCCCCGCUGCGUGUUGCGCUUCCAUAUGUCGCGAAAGCAGGUGGACCAUGACUACACCCUGCGGAGCAUGAGCAACCUGAUGGGCGAGCGCUGGAAGAAAGUCAGCGACGGAGGCGAGCGCAGCCUCAUCAAAGCUCCGUCCAGCGGCAGCAUCAGCAGCCAGGGCGCCGCCGCAUCCUCCUCCUCCACCGCGGGCGCAUCAGCCCCUUCCGCCGCCGCCGCCUCUUCCUCCACCACCAACACCGGGGACUUGGAGCGGGCUGCCCGCAAGCAGUUCCAGCAGGAUGUCACUCCAGCCUUCGUCUACGUCCUGGCCGCGUUCUCCGCUCUGGGGGGGUUUCUGUUCGGAUACGACACCGGGGUGAUCUCCGGCGCGAUGCUCCUGCUCAAGAGGGAGCUGGACCUGAGCGCCAUGUGGCAGGAACUGCUCAUCUCGAGCACCGUGGCCGCGGCAGCCCUGUCCGCCCUGCUGGGGGGCUUCCUGAACGGGCUCUUCGGUCGCAGGGUUUGCAUCCUGCUGGCCAGCUUCUUCUUCACAGUGGGGGGGAUCGUGCUGAGCGCCGCUCCCGGGAAAGAGGCGCUCCUGGCGGGGAGGCUGAUCGUCGGAGUGGGCUUAGGGAUCGCCUCCAUGACGGUGCCCGUGUACAUCGCCGAAGCCUCUCCUCCGCACCUCCGAGGUCAGCUGGUGACCGUUAACACCCUCUUCAUCACCGGAGGGCAGUUUACCGCCAGCCUCAUCGACGGCGCCUUCAGCUACAUGCGGCGUGACGGAUGGAGGUACAUGCUGGGUCUGUCCGUGCUCCCCGCCGUGCUCCAGUUCGUCGGGUUCCUCUUCCUGCCGGAGAGCCCCCGCUGGCUGAUCCAGCGCGGGCUGACCCAGAAGGCCCGCCGGGUGCUCAGCCAGAUCCGGGGCAACCAGAACAUCGACGAGGAGUACGACAGCAUCAAGAACAGCGUCGAGGAAGAGGAGAAGGACAGCGGAGGAGAUGGCCCUGUGAUCUGGCGGAUGCUGACCUACCCCCCGACUCGCCGAGCUCUGGCGGUGGGAUGCGGCCUUCAGAUGUUCCAGCAGCUUUCGGGAAUCAACACGGUCAUGUACUACAGCGCCACCAUCCUGCAGAUGUCGGGCGUGCGUGACGACAGGCUGGCAAUCUGGCUGGCAGGGCUCACCACCCUCACCAACUUCCUGUUCACCCUCCUAGGGGUGUGGCUUGUGGAGAGGGUGGGCCGCAGGAAGCUCACUUUGGGCAGCAUUAUAGGUACAUGUUUGAGUUUAAGUCUGCUGGCCGUAGGUUUCCUCAUGUCUGCUCAGCACAGUCCUCCAGUUACUGUCCACCCCCUGGACCCGGUCAUGGCUAACUCCACCUGCUCCAAGUACCAAAUGUGCGAGCCGUGCAUGCUGGACCCUCACUGUGGCUUCUGUUACCGAGAGAACGGCUCGGCUCUCCUGGCCUCCUCCUGCGUACCGGUCAAUAAGGCCACCACCGAGCGAGCGGCGUGGGGCAGAUGUUCAAACUCUACUCUCAUGAGAGAUCAGACCUACUGGGCCUAUAACUACUGUCCCACCUCAUUUUCUUGGCUGGUUUUGUUGGGGCUGGUGCUCUACCUGGCUGCUUUUGCUCCAGGUAUGGGACCAAUGCCAUGGACCAUUAACUCAGAGAUCUAUCCCUUAUGGGCAAGGAGCACAGGGAACGCCUGCGCUGCUGGAGUCAACUGGACCUUCAACAUCUUGGUGUCUCUCACCUUCCUCCAUUUGGCUCAGUACCUCACCUACUAUGGAGCUUUUUUCCUGUACUCCAGCAUGGCCCUGCUGGGUUUCUUCUUCAUCUAUGGCUGCCUGCCAGAAACCAAAGCGCGGCGCCUGGAGGAGAUCGAGGCGUUGUUUGAAAACCAGCUCUGCUCAUGCGGCGCCUCUGACUCAGACGAGGGGCGGCAGGUCGAGUACAUCCGCGUCAAAGGCUCCAAUUACCAUCUGUCGGACAACGACGCGUCAGACGUGGACUAGGAGCGUGUCGUUGAACCCGCUCCGGGUCUUUCGGCGAUCUCCGUAACGCGCAGAAGCGAUCUGGUCUGUAAUAUUCAUUAACACUCAUUUUGUGAUGCGUGGAGCCAGACAGACCUUGAUCAGGAAGCGAGACUGUUUCCCCACAAACCGAAUGCAGAAUAUUCCGGUACAGCUUUGUUCCUGUUUAAAAAAGAAAAAAAAAAAAAGAGGUGCGGUACACGUGUCGUUUGGAUACCAGGUUUGUGCAUACACAUCACCUUAGCUGACCUGAGAGCUGUUGUCGUGACUUGUUGUAUCUCCGUAGUGCCGUUACGCCUUUCAGUUUGAGAUACAUUUCGGGUUAGUGUUUCGGCUUGUAGCGUUGCGUGGUAAUGUUAGCUCCCCUAGAUGAGAUUCCCCCACCCCCAUAUCCUCCAAGUUUGUGGAUGGUCUUGACCUUCUCAUGAAAAGCAAUCAACAAACAUGCACAAUGUUACACCUGAGCAAACUCGUACUGUUAGUGCUUGACUAACAAAAGCCCCAGUUGGGAGCACUGGAAAGAUUAUACGUUCUGAUGCUGAAGUUUUCAUUCUGUGGCUUUCACAGUCGUUUUGAUUUGAGGUUUUUAAGUUUCUCAUCUAUAAGAAAAUGCAGCUUUUUAGCACAAUGCCAAGAGUCUAGCCCUACUGCCAGAAGAUGUGCCAAUAAAUCCCCUCAUAAACCGCUGCUCAGAGGAACUGCUUCCUGGACGCAUUGUAAAUGUAUGACAUUCAGAUGAAGGAGUCAAGUAAAACUUUCAUUAGUGCCUGUGUAAUGUGCCUAAUGCCCAUUUUUGUUGCAUUUCCCGCAUGUCUAAAUAGCUUCUUCAAGUUCUAAUGUAUUUUCUGUCUUCCUUCAUAGCCUUAUGUACAAACUAGAGGAGCCUUUGGUUUCAGUCUGGCUUUAAUGUAAUUUAGCGAUGUUUUGUAACAACCGAUGUGUAGUUGCUGCGUGACUUCACCAAAGUCCCUGUGUAGCAAAAACCGUUGAAGUAAAAAAAGAAAGAAGCUGUUACAAUAACAUGUAAAUAAAGUAAAUAUGCUGCAACAGCUCCCAAAUAAACAUGGAUCCAGGAUAAUUCAUGUCUUUAUCCAUAAAAAUGUAUCUCAGUUUAAAUAAACCAUGAACUCCCAAGCUACAUCGAUUAUUAAGAUACAUUUUGCAUUUAUUAUCAAAGCGACACCAGCAUGCAUCUAAAACUGGGAGACUUGUAUAAAAGCAAGUGGCAUUGUUGACCUAUUUAUGAGAAAAAAACAAUAUUACAAAGCAGGAGAGUAGCGCCCUCAUGUGGAAAAAUCUGCAAAUGCCUAAGUAUGACCAAAAAUGUGAUUUAAGGACAUUCAUUCAGUUGUCGGUAUAAAACCAGAUACUCUUUCCUGCAGCCAGUUUAGACUCAUUUAACCUCACAGUAUGCGCCAUGCUGAGUUUGAUGUGAGCAGAAAGGUGCCACCUCUCAUUUUAUUGUAAAAAACUUGCACAGACUAAUUAUUGCUGAAAGGUUAUAAAGUGCCUUGCACAAGCACUCAUGACCUUUGAACUCUUCCACAUUUUCUCACAUCACAACCAUAUGUUUCUGUCAUGUUUUUUAUUGGGAUUUUAUGUAUUUAUAUGCAUUUAUUCCCAACCUGAACUUAGGUCUGGACUUUAAAUAGGCCAUUACUAAACAUUUCAGUGCAGCUCUGGUUAUAUGUCCAGGUUUUUAUUCAUUUUUGAAAGUGAACUUUUGUAUCCCCGAAGACUUUUUUCCCCCAGUAUUUCCCUGUACAUAGCUAUAGGCAUCCAUCUAUUUUCCUUUGAGAAAGCAACAGAAUGAUGCUGCCACCACGAUGUUUAAUAGGAUCAGUGUUCGUUUCAGCAUUUUGCAAGAAGGACACAAAGAUUACCUAUUCCCUUCUUCAUUCUUUCUUUUAGAUUCCCCAGCCUGAGUAGUUUACCUCUGCAGCUCCUCCAGAGUUACGUUAGGUCUCUUGGCUUCUUUACUGAUGAAUGUCCAUGGCUACAUUAUUUAAUUUAGGGGUAUAAGAGUAAAUGUGGUCAAAUAUCUUGGACACCAAAGUUUUUAGGGUUUUUUUUUAUUAAAAAGUCAUACCUGCAUUAAUUUAUUUCCCAACUAUGCACUACUUUGCAUUAAUCUUCCUUAAUACCCCAAUAAAAUACAUAUGAGUUUGUUAUAAUCUGAGAAAAUGAGGCAAAAAAAGAUCAAAGGGUAUGAAUACUUUUCCAAGGCAUUGAUUAUUGCUAACGUAAAUGUCAGCUUUAAAGAUAUUUGUAUGCUCUUUAAAAAUAUCGCCACUGAUUAUGUCGAGUGUGUGUGAGCUGUAGUAACAGGCCAAGAACAUACUGAACUACUGAUUCAUUCGUUGUGGAAUGUGCUGCGUGUUUCUCACUGACGAAAACAAACCUGCGCCCGGUUUUCAAAAUAAUCCAACUGCAUACGUAAGGAAAAUGCGAUUCUUUUAAUUUUUCCUUUGGUGAAACUGUCUUAAAACCACGCAAAGUAAUUUUGUACAUAUUGUACUAUGGAAGACGUGUUGACGCAAUAUUCAAAGUGAUCGUGUGCCUCUCAUAUGAUGUACAUCUCGUCAAAGGUUCUGUGAUGUUUCGCUCCCCACAUCCAGUUGUGUUAUCGGCCCUCUGCGGCAGACAGGCCAUGUGACAUGUACUUAUGGUAAAAUGUUUCCAUUUUUUAUUAUUAUUUUUAUUUUAUGUGGACUACUUGUAUGUUUCUAUCUUAAUUAAAACACAAGUUAAAAAAAUAUCUCUGUAUAGUAUAUUUGACAAUUGUUCAAGAUGUAAAUGUUUUGCUAGAGUUUAUAUUAUAUAAAGAUGAAUAUCUACAUGAAAUCUAAUGUACAUGAAGAAAGAAAUAAACUCAAGAGUCUAAAGUAA